GCAGCCACAUAGUGUGCUCUGAAAGAAGCAAAACUUCUUCUGAGUCUUCAUCUUCUUCCCCCAAUGGCUUUUGUUGGGGCACAGAAAUUCCAUGCUAUUAUUCCCUUUCUGCUUCUUUGCCUCUCUUUCAUCAUCCUCUCUCCUUGUCAAGGGACAAACUCGUAUUCAGAGUUCCGUUACCCGUUCAUCAAACGGGCGAGCUCGUUUUCGUCGUUGUCAUCGUCGACGUACUCAUCCCGACGUGGGGAGAACGUUUACGACUACAUAAUAGUAGGGGGAGGCACAGCAGGGUGUCCCUUGGCAGCCACACUUUCCCAAAAGUUUAGUGUUCUAUUACUUGAAAGAGGGGGAGUCCCUUUUGCCAAUUCAAAUGUCUCAUUUUUGAAGAACUUCCAUAUAACUUUGGCAGACAUUUCACCAACUUCUGCUUCCCAAGCCUUCAUUUCUACAGAUGGAGUUCUCAAUGCUAGGGCUAGGGUUUUGGGUGGUGGCUCUUGCAUUAAUGCUGGUUUCUACACAAGAGCAAGCUGGAGGUUCAUAGAGAAAGUGGGAUGGGACGCAAAGCUUGUGAAUGAAUCAUACCCAUGGGUUGAGAAGCAGAUUGUUCACCUCCCCAAGCUCACGCCAUGGCAGAGAGCUUUCAGAGACAGUCUUUUGGAUGUCGGCGUCUCCCCUUUCAAUGGCUUCACCUACGACCAUCUCUACGGCACCAAAUUUGGCGGCACCAUCUUCGACCGUUUCGGCCGCCGCCACACCGCCGCCGAGCUUCUCGCCACCGCCGACCCCCACAAACUUACCGUCUUGGUUUAUGCCACUGUCCAAAAUAUAGUGUUUGACACAACUGGGAAGAAACCGAAGGCAGUUGGAGUGAUCUUUAAGGAUGAAAAUGGGAAUAGACAUCAAGCAGUUCUUAGAAACAGGGGGCAGAGUGAGGUUAUAUUGUCUUCUGGUGCAAUUGGGACACCUCAAAUGUUGCUGCUUAGUGGAAUUGGGCCAAGAGCAGAUCUUGAAAAGUUGAACAUAUCCGUGGUGCUUGACAGUGAGUUUGUUGGGAAAGGCAUGGCUGAUAACCCCAUGAACACUGUCUUUGUUCCCACCAACAGACCCAUUCAGAAAUCACUUAUACAGACUGUUGGGAUUACUAAACUUGGUGUUUACAUUGAAUCUAGCAGCGGUUUCGGGCAGUCCUCGGAUAGCAUUCGAUGCAAUCAUGGGAUGAUGUCAGCUGAAAUUGGGCAACUAUCCACCAUUCCCCCAAAGCAAAGAACCUGGGAAGCCGUCCAAGCGUACAUCAAAAGGAAGCGAGAUUUACCUCAAGAAGCAUUCCAGGGAGGUUUCAUUCUUGAAAAGAUUGCGGACCCCAUAUCAACAGGGCAGCUUACCUUGGCUAACACUAAUGUUGAUGACAACCCAUCUGUGACCUUCAACUACUUUGGCCAUCCCUACGAUCUUCACCGGUGUGUCGAUGGAAUUCGCAUGGCAGCAAAAGUUGUGCAGUCGAAACACUUCACAAAAUACACAAAAAACACUAGGCAAAGCAUUGAAAAGCUGCUUAAUGCGACUGUGAAGGCCAACGUGAAUCUCAUUCCUAAGCAUACUAAUGACACCAAGUCUUUAGAGCAGUUCUGUAGAGACACUGUGAUCUCGAUUUGGCAUUACCAUGGAGGUUGCCAUGUGGGCAAGGUAGUGAGCCCUGAUUACAAGGUCCUUGGUGUUUCCCGACUCCGUGUUGUUGAUGGAUCGACCUUUAGCGAAUCUCCUGGAACCAACCCUCAGGCCACUGUCAUGAUGAUGGGAAGGUACAUGGGGCUGAAGAUUUUGAAGGAUAGACUGGGAAGGGCAGCUGGUAUAUAGGGAUGCUUGACCUCUGGCGUGGCGGCUAUCGCAGUGAGCACGUCUUGAGUGGCAUCGUUGAAAUGUAAUUAUAUCUUUAUCUCUUGCUAUCUAUCCACGUUGCUAAAAUGCAGAAUCUUGGCUUGCUUGCUUUGUGCAAUGCAUAUAAGGUUUUGUUGUCCCAUUUGAACUUCUAACAUUCUGAGCCUACUUCAAGUUAUCCUCUUCUGAUAUGUCAUUAAUUAAUUUUUGUUUCUUCUCUGAAA